UCGGGGACUUCCCGUGUCUGGCCAGCUUCUGGUCACUGAUCUUCCUCAGGUGGGUAGGUUUGUGAGCUAGACGAGGCUUGGGUCCUGAGUCUACUCUCCUAUCACCUUUGGGCAGCCUGGCUAAAGAGAAAAGAAGUCUUGGCUGCUGGGCAGAGCCGGGGUUCUCUCCCAUUCCCGAGGAGGCCUGAGCAGCUGAACACGCAGAGAGCGGAAGAUGGGCAGUGAUGACACCAAAUAUAAGCAUAAAAAGAUGUUUUAAAACUACACAUCCUGAAACUCAGCACAGCAGGCACCUGCAGCUUCCAGUACUGUAACAGAGAAAAAAACAAAAAUUCCCCACUUUGCAAUUGCAUCUGUGAAUGAGAAGCUCCAGUUUUGUGGGAAGAGGGAAACACCUAAACUUGCCAGAAUCAUCACCAGAGACACCUGCCGGCUGACGAGGACAGCUUUCUUGGAGCCGACAGAUGAUGCAGGGAAACAAGAAGUGCACAGACGGGUUCAGUGACUCCUCCAGCAUCGGCAGCGUGUUGGAUGAUGCAGACAGGGAAGUGAGCAGCCUCACAGACCGGGCAUUCCGGAGCUUGUGCAUCUCAGAGGAUACAUCCUUCCAUGACUCCUAUCUGGCCGUGUCCCCAGAUAUCACCCGACAGGUAUUUGGGACUUUUCACCAGAGAACAGUGAGCCACACCCAGAGGAAAAGUGGCAUUUGGAGCCAGUUACCAUCACAGGGCACGGAACAUUCAGGCUGGGCAGCCACCUUCCGACAGCUACCCAAGUACGUUCAGGGAGAGGAAAAGUACCCCAAAACCAGCCCCCCACCAACGCCAGUCCAGAGGAGACUGGAGGUGCCAGUUUCCGGCCUAAGGAGCAGCAACAAGCCAGUCUCCAAAGUAUCAACACUAAUUAAAUCUUUCGACAGGACCGAGAGCCAACGUUGUGAGAGCAGGCCCACUACCAGCAAGCCUCCGGCUCUGAAAAAUCCCCCCAAAUUCGCUCCUCUUCCAGAAAGCAGUGUCAAUUUCUGCUUUGAUUCUGCAUUUCUGACAGUCAGGAGGGUGCCCGCUGAAGUUUCCAACACCCAUCAGAACAGCCACCAGCCAGGCAGGAAGCACGGAGAACAGGAGUCCUCCAAGAACCCAGAAAUGGCCUGUCACAGCUCCAGCAGCUUCCUCCCGGCAGCCGACGACACGGCCACCUCAUCUGAGUCAAAAUUCCCCUCUCCACACCACAAGCCAGCCACGGGUGAGCCUGGGAGAGGCAAAGGCACCUUUCUGCACAGUGAAAAUAGUGCUUUUGAGUCAUGGAAUGCCCACCAACCAAAGCUGCUGGAGAGAAAGGACGUGGCUGGAACCGUCCCAGAAAGCAAAGCUCCCAAGCACUAUGGGGACACGACCUUGCUAAGUGAACCCCGUCCUCCUGAGUGCACAGUCUCUCCCUGCCAGGUUCAGGCCUGCCGCAGUCAGGAAGAGAACAGACUCACAGCAGGGGCUCUGUCCACAUCCGUACCCUGGGGGUGCAGGGAUCCAGGAUCCCAGGUAUUUGCUGUGGAAGGAAAAGCUCCCAGCUCACAGCCUGAUUCUCAAGAGAAGCCAGCCCAGCCCCCAUGGAGGAAGCCAAAGACUGGCAAAAAAGGGAAAGAAAGUCUACAAGAUACCUCGGAAGAAAAGACACAGACCAAAAGGAGAGGCCCCCCUUUGUAUACAAAACACAACCCCCAGGGACAGUUUCCAGAAAAUGAUGCUCUUGACCUGCCUGUGGAACCCAAUGAACAUUAUGAUCCCCCCUUUAACAUCAGUAAGCUCCUGACCCCCAUCAUACCCAGCAAGCACACCCUGGAUUCAGCAGAGAGCCAGCCGGCAGAGCAAACCCCAUCACCCCCGGGACAGCUAAACGGAUACCAAGAGAAGGAGCCCAGUGAAUGUCAGUCUCGAGACAGCUACAAGUCCAAAGCCCCUAGCCUGCUGUUUAACCUCAAGGACGUGCGGAAGCGUGUUAAGAGCACAUACAGUUCCUCACCUCUCUUGAAAGGGCUUGAUGAGAAAACUAGAGGUAAGGUUGAUGGAAAGCAAGAACCUGUGAGCAACGGUGUCAUCCUACCCAAUGGGCUUGAGGAAAGCCCUCCAAACGAGCUUUCUAAGGAGAGACCCGCUGAUGACCCCACUGCAUCACACAUCAAUCCCCAGAAGGUCCCUACAGCUGACCCCAGUGAGCCCUCUGCAGACAGCUAUCUAACUCUUAGCGCAGCUUCGACUAUCACCAAAGUUCCCUUCUAUGUUAACGGGGAGGCUGCUGAGAGGAGCAGUUAUGAGAAUGACGAGGUGGAAGGCGAGUUGGAGAUGGGUCCUGCCAGAUCCGGCUGGUGUCCAGACUCCAGGGAACACCGCCCCAGGAAGCACCUAUCCCUCAGGCUUUGCAGUAGGGAUCCUGAGCCUGGAAGGGCUACAGAGAAAACGAAGACUCACCAGCUAGAGAAUGAGCUCUCCAGAUCUGUGUCCCAAGAGACAGAACCUGAGAGGGAGGCAGGACUUCAGAACACACACUUGAACCAGAAAUUAUCCCCAGGGCCCCUCUCUCCUGAGGAGGAAGAUGUGUUUUACAGUGACAGCCAAUCCGAUUUUAUGCCAAGCCUCAAGGGUAAGGCCAAAUUCAGCACCAGCUCUUCAGAUCAAUCCUUUGCCUCAUUUGAUGAUCAGCAGAAGACGUGGUUUACUGAGAACCAGCGGGAAGACAGGAGGAAGGAUGUGAGUGCAGGUGACAGUCAGAAGGAUGAGAAGGAGAACGUGGUGGGGAAGGAUGAGCCGCAGUACUGUGCCUUAAGCAAUGGGCACGCACGCCUGGAAGACGGCAGCCAGGGGGAAGCAUUGCAAAGAGAAGGGGAAAGUGUGCCUGGAGGAAGAACCAGGAAGGCAUCGGCAGAGGAAGCUAAUUUCAGAGGCUCUUGGAUUGGGGAAAAUAAGAGUACGACCUUUUCACAGGCCAAAGACCUUACUCCCUCACCAUCUUCUGCUUCAAACAGGCACAUACUGUUUACCAUUAAAGACAACACCCUCAGAGCCACCCCUGUAAUUAAACCUAUCAUGCUGCCUCUCCUGAGGACCAUGUCCUUGGAGGACUCCCUCAGCAGUGGCCACAAAGAGGAGGAAUUGCCAAGGCCAGAAUGGGGUGAGGAUCCUGGUUUCUGUGCCCCCGAAAACCAGGACAUUCUUGGUACAUCGACACCCACUAACACGCCGAGCACACGUGUGAAGUGCAUGGCCAACGAGGUCAUGGAGGACCCCAGGCAGGGGUCCAGCAUGGCCAGGAUGGAGGCCUCUCAGCCAGCCCCAAAGGGGAAUUUCCCAUCUAUGCCUCUGGUGGGAGAGGGGGACAGGGUGAAGCCACCACCAGAUGCUGCACAUGGCCUCAUGGCAAGCAAUUGCAAGAGCAGCUCUGCAGACUCAGGGAAGCCAGCGGCCCCACGGCACAUUCCCACCAUCACUUUACCCGAGGGCGACACAGAAGACCAGUCACCCCCAUGGCAGCCUGAAACCUGUUGGGAAGAGCAGACACCAGGUUUCAAGAGUCACUUUUUGUCCACACCCAGAGCAGGGCCCCCUGGCAGAAGACUGGUCCCCGGUGAAAUGGCAAAUUCCCCUAACCCCAGCUCCCCGGGGGAGAGCAGUGCCUGCUCCCCUGCUGCCAGCAGCAUGUGGGAGGAGCCUUCCCAGGCCCCUGGAGGACCAGAGCUGCUGCCCGAGGAGCCUCCUCAAGCCAGCCCCUGGGCCAGCUCCAGUCCUGCCAGGGUCACCAGGAGGGAGGACCUGACCCACGCCCUCGUGUGGGAGGGUGGCUCUGACCCCCUACUUGAGCUGUCGGCAGAAGACCUCCGAACCCUCUCUCCAAGAGGUUCAUUGCUGGAUGUGGCUACCAACCCAGCAGGCACCCCUGGGAGACUUGAGCUUCCUGCACAGCUAGAGAGGGCAGCAAGCAAGCCACCUGCAGUCCCACCCAAAACAGAGAAAGCCCUGCGGCGGGCAAAGAAGCUGGCAAGUAAGAGGAGGAAGACCGACCAGGCUCAGGAGAAGCACGGCGAGUCACAAGAGGGAAAACCCUGCCCAGAGGACUUGGAGCAGACACAGCAAAGGCCACUGUGCCCCAGAGAGAGGCUCCGACACAGUUUCCCUGUGGUCCGUUCCCUGCCCCCUCCCGUGCACCGCCACUCCGUGUCCGGCUUCUCGGAGCCUGUCGGGAGGCAGCCCGGAGGCCCCCAGUCCCUCACACCCCUGCCUGCCUACCCCGCCACCCAGAAGGUCCUCCAGGAUCCGCAGUCCGGGGAGUACUUUGUCUUCGACUUGCCACUCCAGGUGAAAAUCAAGACCUUCUAUGACCCAGAGACGGGCAAGUACGUCAAAGUCUCCAUCCCGUCCUCCGAGGGGGCCUCCCCAGAGCCGACCCCACCAGAUGCCCUGGCCGCUCCCUAUGUGCUGUACCCCGGCUUCCAGCCAGUGCCUGUGACGGCCUUGAUGCCACUGCGCUGCUCCUCUCAGCUCUCCGCACCCACCUUCCUCAGGCAAGGCCCUCGUGCCUCCACGGCCCGUGCCAGGCCCCAGAGUGUCCACGAGUCUGGACUACAGCUGGCCUCAGGGCCUCAUGGUGACUGCACCCCGCACUCUGCAGGCCAGCGCCCCCAUGGGCCUCCCCAGAGCCCAGAAGAGGAGGAUGCAGAAGCUCCAGGCCUGGGCAUCAUCUCCACCGACGACCUAGAGGACUUUGCCACAGAAGGCAUUUCUUGAGUUACCGCAGGCUGAGCCCCACCCCCAGAUGAACCCAGAGGAGCUUACUUCCCCCUCUCCCAAAACAAGCAGCACACACACACACAUAUGCAGACACAUGCACACGCACACACAUACACACAAACACACACACACACACACACACACACACAUGAUCGUCAACACAUGGCCUUUUUAGAUCCGUAAAAUCCAGAAGGCAGUAGGGAUCCCACCCGAAGGGCUCCCUG